ACUAUAAUGUCGUCUAUAAUAUGAAUUUAUCGGAUCUAUGAUCACGAGAAUCAGAAAAUGACAUCACUUCACUUUUUUCAGCUUUUAUAACCAGCAGAAGUCGACACUCAUCGUCUACUCUGGUGUGCUGAUGUUAUAUCCACACACCAUCAGGCCCUGUUUGAAAUCUGACACGUUGAUGCUGGAACUUGAGGUCUGAGGGUCAAAGGGAACCAUGCUGGAUCACCUGGUGGUCCGUCUGCAGUCAGACCCUUCACCUGGAUGUAGUGUGAUGAUGUCAUGACGGUGUUACCUUCCUGUGUGUUUCCUCUUCAGGACUACCUGCUUUGGAACCGUCUGGGUGCAACACUGGCGAAUGGAGACCGCAGUGAGGAGGCUGUGGAGGCGUACACCAGAGCUCUGGAGCUGCAGCCUGGAUUCAUCCGGUCCAGAUACAACCUGGGGAUCAGCUGCAUCAACCUGGGAGCUCACAGGGAGGCGGUCAGUAACUUCCUGACGGCUCUGAACCAGCAGAGGCGGAGUCAGCGCUGCAGCCACCAGCAGAUGUCGGCGAACAUCUGGGCCGCCCUGCGAAUCGCCAUCUCCCUGAUGGACCGGCCCGAGCUGUUCCAGGCCGCCAACAUCGGGGACCUGGACCUGCUGAUGAGGGCCUUUGACGUGGGCGACGUCUGAUGGUGACGGGGGCGGCCUGGUCGGACUGAAGGUUGUCUGUCGGGUCAGCUCAGAGGAAGUGUGAGUGUUGUCUCCUAGAAACAGAGGACCAGAGGGGGACAUGGGCUGGAUGUGGACAGUUUGGUAUGAAACCAAAGAGACAAUGACGUCCGCAGGAAAAUCCUUCGCAAUAUAACAGCACAACCCUUUAGCUUUCUUUAAGAACACUGUCCUGUUGUCUCGGCGCUGAUGACGUCAUCAGCAAAGCACGUCUGCAGAUCCUUCAGGUCCUUUAAAGUUUAAACCGUCCAGAAUACGAGUCUUCUACAUCACUAUAACAAGCUGGAGAGGAGUUUCUCUUUAAACACACAAACAGCUCUUCAUUCCUCUUUUAUAUUUCAUCAUAUUUUAGUUUGAAGUCUCAGUUUUCAUUUCCUGUUGAUACAAACUCAACUCUACAGAAGAGCGUCAGCGUCAGAAAAACUACACCAGAGGAAGAUUUGACGUCAGGUUUUCAGAUUGUCCGUCCGUAUGUCUUGUUCUCGUGAACAAGGAAUUUCUUCAGAUUUGGCACAAACGUCCUCUUGGACUCAACAAUGAACUGAUUAGGAUUUGGAGCUUGAAGGUCAAAGGUCACUGUGACCUCCCAAAACAUGUUUUUAGCCAUAACUAAAGAAUUAAUUCACUAAUUCUGACCAAACUUGACACAAAUGUCUAACAGGAUAAAAUAAUGAAGGUCAAAAGGUCAAAGGUCAGCUUGACUGUGACAUCAUCAUGUUUUAACGUCAUAUCUCAGGAACAGAAGGGGAGACAUUUGGUCAGAUACUGAAUUGGUGACUCUAAUCUUGAAACUGUGCUGAUUGUAUAGAUCUUCUGUGUGUGAAGCAUCCAUGUUUUCACUGACAUGGAUGGAGACUGUCAGAGACACUGGACUGGUGGGCGGAGUCAUACAACCACAGGGCGGACUGGUGGGCGGAGUCAUACAACCACAGGGUGGACUGGUGGGCGGAGUCAUACAACCACAGGGCGGACUGGUGGGCGGAGUCAUACAACCACAGGGCGGACUGGUGGGCGGAGUAGGGCCACCCCCUGAUCGUCAACCAAAGGGCAGUCGUCCAGAAAGGUCAUUAGUCAGCAAGUUUUCAUUGGUUGCUUAAUCACAGAAAAAAAAGGAGCUACACUCAAAAUAAAUCCGAACUAUAUGACUGAACCAUGUGGGACUUUAAUUUGAAAGGACAGACACAGGAAGUGUCCACGCUCAGCAGUCAGACAGGAGUCAGGUAUCGACAGAUAUCUUUCCCUUCUUCUGUAAAUAUUCAGUCUGAUGAACAUGUUGAUCAUGUUAGUGCAGGGCUACUCAGAGCUUUACAACUGUCCCACAGACGACAGGCCGACACACUUACACACAGCUCCUGGAGGAAGAUCAGCUCAGUGCUCAGGGUUUCAGGUGAACAGGAUAUACGAUGCUUGUUAUAUGAGCUCUGCUGAGUGCGACCGAGCAGCUAACUUCCUGUUUAGCGCUCCACUGACAUGAUGAUGAAAUAAUUGAAUCCAACGGCUCUUCCAAAUGUUCUCAGACUGAAUGGUGAGACGAGUCAUUUCUCAGGGGCUGGGCGACACGUGACGAACCCCGGAAACUGCAGUACCGCUAUUUGGCCACUAGGAAAACUGUCUUCCUGGAGAUCUGGGUGGAGCAGACGUCUCUGUUUGUCUGUAAUCUUUAGUCCAAGCAGUGCUGCUGUUCUCAUUUACAUGCUCAUGACACAGAGAAACACUGGGCAUGUGCGAACUGACGAUAAGAUAAGAUGCACUUCAGAGAUUUGAUCAGGACUCCAGAGCUGACACAUGUAGCUGCUCACAUGGUGAAUAAAUAAUUCAUAAAUACAAAUCUAGGCCACAUGUUGCACAUGAUGCAUCACAGCCCUGACACAUGAUCUGCAUGAGGUCGAUAUAAACACACAAACAUACAGUAAUCUUUAAAACGUACACACACACACACACACACACACACACAGAGGAAAAAACGCUUUAUAAUUAUUCGUGAACAAAGGAAACGUGUCCGCAGGUCUCGUAGCUGAUGUAGAAAUGAAACUCCUCUCCAACACGUUUGAUGUGAAGCAAAGAAGAAAAGCAGCUGCACUCACCUGACAGGUCUCAGCCCGUCGGCCAUCUUUAACACAAACUGCUGCAAGAAAAGAGACUUAUUAAUAAAGUUACUGAUCACUGCUGACCCAACAGUUUGUAGGUCUCUAAAUAACGUGUAAUUAUUAUUUUAAAAAAGAAAACAUAAUAACUUCAUAAAUAACUUUUGUCUUUGUUUUCUGUUUGUAACUUUGACCUGCAGUCAGCGCGCAUCGACUGAAACUGUGACAGACGGACGUCAUCAUGUCGUGAGAAGGCUGGAAAGUAAUUUACAGUCAUAUUCAGAAUAACGUUAUGAUCUGUAAUAUUCAUAUAUUUCAUUUAUUUUAUUGAACCUUUAUUUUAAAAGUCAGUUAAUUAAUUAAUUAACUGUUAAACAGCCUGUCAAAGGCAGAAUGAACAGAAGCUGACUUCCUGUUCGUCGUCAACACGUUACAUCAGAACCUUUAAAUGACAUGUUUGUGAUUUCAGUCUGAUCAAAGCAGAUUUGAAUAUUAAUAUGAAUCUGAACUUUGAUCGUCAGCUCUCAGGAGAUUUAAUCUUAAAGGACCUUGAAGGUGAAAUUAUUGUCUCAUCUCUUCUGAACCUUAAAGCUCAAUAUUAAAUUAUUAUUAUUAUCAUUAUUAUUAUGAUAAUUAUAUUCUUUGUUUUAAAUUCACAAUUUGAAUUCUGACAACUUCAUUUUAAUCUUUCAAAUUUCAGUUUUAAUGUUGCCGUUAAACUUUUUGGAUCCUAUCUGAUGAAGCUUUAAUGUUUUGGGAUGAACAGGAGCUCAGGGAGGUCAGUGAUGAAGAGGAGGAGGACGAUGCAGAGUUACGACUGCUGAGGCUGCAAAAAACACAGACCGUGAAUCAUGUAUUUAUUUUUACGUACUGCUCCGCCCUCACGCCACGAUCACACAGGAACUGGUUUGCAGGUCACAAAACACGAAGCGCACCGCGCUGAUUUUUUUUUUUCAUUGAAUGCUGCUUGUAUAAACACACUUGCUCACACUAACCUUCCUGUGUGAUCAGUCUACAGUUUGUGUGUCCUGCAGUAAUCAGUGUGUAGCUGCUGCCAUGUUGAGGCAGAGGGUGCUGUCUGUAGCUCUGGUUGAGGGUGAGAGGCUGUCAGCAGAUAAACAGAGAUCUGUGUGGGUACAUGAGACCCUAAAAAAGAGGCUGGAUCAUGGGGAGUACCACCAGUUGGUCCAGGAGCUUCUCCUCCAUCAUGGACGUUUACAGUACUGCACUUAUCUGCUGUUUUCUAUUGAGAUGGUGCUAACUGUGCUUUGUAAAGUCGUAUAGCUCUGGGUAUCCAGCAACCACUAACACCAGUUUCUCCUCCAUUGGUUACCAACUGUAAACUUGUUGUCGUGACCACCACAGAAGCCCCGCCUGUCAAGUCAACCCACAGGAUAAUGGGGAAAAAGCAGAGAUGACAUGGGGCCUUUUCUGCUCUGAGAGUUUUUCCAACUCGAGGAGUUCAGGCGCCUAGAGCACAAAAACACGAGGCACAAAGUUUCAUUCUCGUUAAAAACUGAUACAAAAAGACGCCUCCAGCUGCUGAAUCACUUCCUGUGUGAUCGGGCACAAAAUCAAGCCGUACUACUUGGUCAUAACUCUGCACCCUGAACUCCGACGCUUCUGUUUGUGUUUCUGUAGCAUGAAAUUUAAAGUAAAAAUAUCAAGUUGGUGAUUUGGAAGAUCUAAACGUGAUCUGCAGAUAAAACGCCACAGACGGAGGUCAGCCUGCUGCUCUACUCUGAAAUAUCUGUAGUUUGAACUUUAAGUUGUACCUGUGCUCACUGCAGGUUAUAACACAUGAUAUCCCUCUGUCAUGGUUAUUUUGUUCACUACUGUCAGUCAUCUGUGCUGCAGCUCAGUCAUGUGACAUCUCUUCAGCUGAGCAAAGGAUUGUGGGUCAGAACACAGUAAAACACGCUGGCGUACAGACGGCACAUUCAGCUCCUGCUGUUUGUAGCAAACUGCUUUCAUGUGUCGGGACAUGUUCGGUCUCUUUCUGGGUGCGAGGACACACAGAGACUCAACACAUAAAGUGAGUAACCUGCAGCGAGGUGACCUCCACCUGUGAGCCUGAACCACACUGAAGAAGAACUCUGACACAGGAAAUUAUAAAUCUUCAUCACUGACGUGGAAACGAAACAAACGUGAUGUUUGUGUCACUUUGUUCCCUUUAAACUCUGAAAGCCAUAACAAGUCCCCGCUGAUCAUCAGAGGACUGUAAAUGUGUCCGCUGCUGCACAAUGUUUCAAAACUCACCUGCUGCUCCGUCAGGAUGUUCUUCAUCAUCAUCAUCAGCAGCAGCAGCAGCAUCAUCAGCAGCAGCAGCAUCAUCAGCAGCAGCAGGUGGUGUCGCCUCCUGCAGGAACACAAAGGAACAGCAGGUUGAAGUGACGCCACCUGCAGGACACCAGCGGCUCAGUUCCUCUUUAUAAAGCUGCUGUUUUUUUUGUUCUUUAAAAACUCGACUGUUUUGUUUCUGUGUCAUUUCUCAGUUUGACAUUUUAUUUUGACGGUGUGUGUUUCCUCACUUACUUCCUGUCGCCGGCUCUCAGGUGAAUCUUCAGUUUGAUCCCGCAGCAGUUUCUCUGCUCGAUGCACAAAACACUCAGACAGCAGAAUAUAUUUAUACUGCAUCAAAUACUGUAACCUUAAUAUCUGCAAUAUCUCAUGUUAACCUGUCGUCAGCUGCCUCUGUACUCGCUCUGUUUCAGCUCGGAGGUUCGUUUAAAGACGACUUGAAUUAUUUAACCUCCAGCUGAGAGCUCAUCGGACUGAGAGUGAAGGAAACGUCUUCAGAGGCAGACGAGCUGAACGCACACAGAUAAAUACAGAUUUAAUGGACACACAGAAACACUGACCUGAUGUCUAUGGGGUGCCGUUUGUAAAGUGGCUCACG